AUGGCUAUUCAAGUUUCAUACCAUAGCUUCACUGGCAAACCCAAAUACAGAUUUGACGUUUUCCUAAGUUUCAGGGGUGAAGAUACUCGCCACCUCUUCACUGUGCCUCUCUACAAUGCUUUGCGACGCAAGGGAAUCAAUGCCUUCAUUGACGACAAGAAGCUUGGCAAAGGGGAACGGAUCGCACCUGCGCUUCUUAAAGCCAUUGAGAGAUCAAGGAUCUCCAUUAUUGUGUUCUCUAAGAACUACGCUACUUCUACAUGGUGCUUGGAUGAACUUGCUCACAUCAUUUGGUGUAAGAAGGAGAAGAACCAGGUGGUUAUGCCCAUCUUUUACAAGGUGGCUCCCAUGGCUGUUCAGUAUCAGAGAGACAGUUUUGCAGCAGCCAUGGCUGCUCAUGAAGAUAGGUUUAGAGAUGACAUGGAUAAAGUGCAGAAAUGGAGAUCUGCUUUGUCUGAAGCUGCUUCUGUGUCAAAGGCCUGGCUUUUUGAAGAUGGGUACGAAAUUGGGUUUAUGGAAAAGAUUGUUAAUGAUGCUUAUGCUAUGCUGCCUCCUAAAAAAUUAUAUAACAUUGGGUACAUGGUUGGACUUGAGCCUCGGGUGGAAGAAGUGACUUCACUUUUAAAUCAAUCCGAUGAUAGAGUUUGUAUGCUGGGGAUUCAUGGAAUUGGUGGAAUUGGCAAGACAACCGUUGCAAAAUUGGUCUAUAAUUCAAUCUUCUACCAAUUUGACGGUGCUUGUUUUUUGUUUGAUGUUGAAGAAGCAUCAAGGAAAUAUCUAGGCAUGGUUCGUCUCCAACAAAAACUUCUAUCAGAGAUUCUUGAAGAGAAGACUAUGAGGAUUGGGAGUGUUGGUGAAGGAAUAUCAAGAAUAAAACAUAGACUUUCUCACAAAAAGGUUCUUUUGGUUCUUGAUGCUGUUGAUGAGAUUGAACAGUUAGAACAACUUGCAGGCGGGUGUGAUUGGUUUGGUUUUGGAAGCAAAGUCAUUAUAACAACAAGAAAUAAGCAAUUGCUAAUUGCUCACAAUGUUCAAAGAACAUAUGAAAUGAUGCAGCUGAAUGAGUAUGACUCUCGUGAGCUCUUUUGUUGGCAUGCCUUCCAUAUGAACCAACCUCCAAUAACAUAUCAAGAUAUGUCUAGUCGUGCAAUAAGUUAUGCACAAGGCCUUCCUUUGGCAUUAAAAGUAAUAGGCUCCAAUUUGGCAAAUAAAAAUUUGGUGGAAUGGAUUUCUAUACUGGAACAAUAUGAGAGGAUCCCAGAAAGAACAAUUCAAGAUAUUCUAAAGAUAAGCUAUGAUUGCUUACAAACUGGUGCCAAGCGUAUUUUCCUAGAUAUUGCUUGUUUUAUUGGCAAGAAGGAACAUAUUAAAGAAGCAGUAAAAGCCUGCGAUUUUGGUGCUAGGUUUUUUCUUGAAGUUCUUAACGAUAAAUCUUUGAUAACUUUAGUUGCUGGUGAUGAAUAUUUUUUCAUGCAUGAUCUAAUACGACAAAUGGGAAGAGAGAUUGUUAGACAAGAGGCACCAUUAAAUCCUGAAAAGCGCAGCAGAUUAUGGUAUUAUGAAGAUGUUCUUAAAGUACUGCGUGAAAAUUUAGGAUGCAAUAAUAUUGAAGGUAUAAUGCUUGAUCCUCCUCGGCAAGAAAAAGUAAACUGGAGUGGUACGGCUUUUGAGAAGAUGAAUAAUCUUAGAAUUCUUGUUGUUCAAAAUGUCAAAUUUUCAACUGGUCCUACCUAUCUUCCCAACAGUUUAAGAUGGUUGGAAUGGGAGCGAUAUCCUUCUGCAACUUUUCCAAAAGAUUUUUCUCCUUCAGAGCUAAUUUUCUUGAAUCUACCUACAAGUUCUUUUAGACUAGAAGAGCCAUUGAAGGUUUUUACUAGCUGUGUGACGCAUUUGGAUUUUUCAUUUUGUCAAUUCAUAACUGAAGUACCUGAUCUAUCUCAAUGUCAAUGUCUACGAAGAUUGGAUCUGUCAAGCUGUUUCAAUCUGAUAAAAAUUCAUGAUUCGUUGGGAUCCCUCUCUAAGCUAAUCGAAUUAGAUGUUAGUGAAUGCACCAAACUUUCCAUUUUUCCACAUGAAAUCAAGAUGGCAUCACUUGAAUGGCUUGAUCUUAAAGCCUGCACAAGUCUUGAGUACUUCCCACGUGUAGUGGGAAAGAUGGAUGCACUAAGGCGAAUUUCCAUAACUCGCACUGCUAUUAAGGAGCUCCCACCUUCGAUUGGAAAUCUUUUGGGGCUUCGAUAUUUACAUAUGCACUCUUGCAGAAGUCUUGGGGAACUUCCAACCAGCUUAUUCAAGAUGCGAAAUCUUCAGAUGCUUGAUUUCGGAGGCGUUCAUCCUCAUAAUAGAAAAUCUUGGAUGAAGUUAAUGCAAGAUAUCCAAAUCAGCAGCUGUUAUGUGAAGAAACUGCAUCUCGUGAAUUGUGGUCUGUUGGAUGAAGAACUUCACCUAAUUCUGAAUUGUUUUCGAAAUUUGCAAGGGUUAUAUAUGCAAAGGAAUGAUUUUGUGUCUCUCCCUAAGUGCAUUAAGCAGUGUAAGAGUCUAUGGUGGCUGGAUGUGAGAGACUGCAAGAGGCUAAGAGACAUACCAGAGUUGCCAUCAGAGUUGCAUGACAUAGAUGCAGGGAAUUGCACAUCAUUAACCGCCGGAUCAUUGGACAACUUAUAUUCUCAGGCAAAAAUGGAGUUGCUUCACUUGAGAAUCAGUGUGCCAGUAACAACAUUUCCUGAUUGGUUCAACUAUUAUGGUGAAGGAGACACGUUGUCUUUUCGCGUUCGUGGGAAUUUAUUACCUCGUGGUAUUGUUGCAUUUGAGGCCACGGGGAAAGCGAACAUGAGUUUUGAACAGAGCUUCCCAGUUUUAUGA